AUGAGGAAAGGUCUCCCGGCGACAGCGGCCCGCUGCGGACUGGGACUGGGAUACGUGCUGCAAAUGCUCGUGCUACCUGCCCUGGCCCUGCUCAGUGCCAGCGGUACCGGCUCGGCCGCUCAAGAUGAUGACUUUUUUCACGAACUCCCAGAAACCUUUCCAUCCGAUCCACCUGAGCCUCUACCACAUUUUCUUAUUGAGCCUGAAGAAGCUUAUAUUGUGAAGAAUAAGCCUGUGAACCUGUAUUGUAAAGCCAGCCCCGCCACCCAGAUCUACUUCAAGUGCAAUAGUGAAUGGGUUCAUCAGAAGGACCACAUAGUAGAUGAGAGAGUAGACGAAACCUCUGGUCUCAUUGUCCGGGAAGUGAGCAUUGAAAUUUCGCGCCAGCAAGUGGAAGAACUCUUUGGGCCGGAAGAUUACUGGUGCCAGUGUGUGGCCUGGAGCUCGGCGGGCACCACAAAGAGCAGGAAGGCCUAUGUGCGCAUCGCAUAUCUACGGAAGACAUUUGAGCAGGAACCCCUGGGAAAGGAGGUAUCCUUGGAACAGGAAGUCUUGCUCCAGUGUCGACCACCUGAAGGGAUCCCAGUGGCUGAGGUGGAAUGGUUGAAAAAUGAAGACAUAAUUGACCCCGUUGAAGAUCGGAAUUUUUAUAUUACUAUUGAUCACAACCUCAUCAUAAAGCAGGCCCGCCUCUCAGAUACUGCAAACUAUACUUGUGUUGCCAAAAACAUUGUUGCCAAGAGGAAAAGCACGACUGCAACUGUCAUAGUCUACGUAAAUGGUGGCUGGUCCACCUGGACAGAGUGGUCUGUGUGUAAUAGCCGCUGUGGACGAGGGUAUCAGAAACGCACAAGGACCUGCACCAACCCAGCACCACUCAAUGGUGGUGCCUUCUGUGAAGGGCAGAGUGUGCAGAAAAUAGCCUGUACCACCUUAUGCCCAGUGGAUGGCAGGUGGACUUCAUGGAGCAAGUGGUCUACUUGUGGGACCGAGUGCACACACUGGCGCAGGAGGGAGUGCACGGCACCAGCCCCCAAGAACGGAGGCAAGGACUGUGAUGGCCUCGUCUUGCAAUCCAAGAACUGCACUGAUGGGCUGUGCAUGCAGAGUUUCCUUUAUCCUAUCUCAACUGAACAGCGAACCCAGAAUGAAUAUGGAUUUUCUUCUGCUCCCGAUUCAGAUGAUGUCGCUCUGUAUGUUGGCAUUGUGAUAGCUGUGAUAGUUUGCCUGGCCAUUUCUGUAGUUGUGGCCCUAUUUGUGUAUCGCAAGAAUCAUCGUGACUUUGAGUCUGAUAUUAUUGACUCUUCGGCGCUCAAUGGAGGCUUUCAGCCUGUGAACAUCAAGGCAGCGAGACAAGAUCUCCUGGUGGUACCCCCAGACCUCACAUCAGCUGCCGCCAUGUACAGAGGACCUGUCUAUGCCUUGCAUGAUGUCUCAGACAAAAUCCCAAUGACCAACUCUCCAAUUCUGGAUCCACUGCCCAACCUGAAAAUCAAAGUGUAUAACACUUCCGGUGCUGUCACCCCUCAAGAUGACCUGUCUGAGUUUGCAUCAAAGCUGUCUCCUCAGAUGACCCAAUCUUUGUUGGAGAAUGAGGCGCUCAACGUGAAGAAUCAGAGUCUAGCAAGGCAGACGGAUCCAUCCUGUACUGCAUUUGGCACCUUCAACUCUCUCGGGGGUCACCUGAUUGUUCCCAAUUCAGGAGUAAGCUUGCUGAUUCCCGCUGGGGCCAUUCCCCAAGGGAGAGUCUACGAAAUGUAUGUGACUGUACACAGGAAAGAAAAUAUGAGGCCACCCAUGGAAGACACUCAGACACUCUUGACCCCUGUGGUGAGCUGUGGGCCUCCGGGAGCCCUGCUGACCCGCCCCGUCAUCCUCACUAUGCAUCACUGUGCAGAUCCCAAUACUGAGGACUGGAAGAUACAGCUCAAGAACCAGGCAGCACAGGGGCAGUGGGAGGAUGUGGUUGUGGUUGGGGAGGAAAACUUCACUACCCCCUGCUACAUUCAGCUGGAUGCAGAGGCUUGCCACCUCCUCACAGAGAACCUAAGCACCUACGCCCUGGUGGGGCAGUCCACCACCAAAGCUGCCGCAAAGCGCCUGAAGCUGGCCAUCUUUGGACCACUCUGCUGCUCGUCUCUGGAGUACAGUGUUCGAGUCUACUGUCUGGAUGACACCCAGGAUGCCUUGAAGGAGGUAUUGCAGCUUGAGAGACAGAUGGGAGGACAGCUCCUAGAAGAACCUAAGGCUCUUCAUUUUAAAGGCAGCACCCACAACCUGCGCCUGUCGAUUCACGAUAUCACCCAUUCCCUCUGGAAAAGCAAAUUACUGGCAAAAUAUCAGGAAAUUCCUUUUUAUCAUAUAUGGAGUGGGUCUCAAAGAAACCUCCACUGCACUUUCACCUUGGAAAGAUUCAGCCUGAACACAGUGGAACUGGUUUGCAAGCUCUGCGUGCGACAGGUGGAAGGAGAAGGGCAGAUCUUCCAGCUAAACUGCACCGUGUCAGAGGAGCCUACUGGCAUCGAUCUGCCUCUGCUGGACCCAGCGAGCACCAUCACCACCGUGACGGGACCCAGCGCUUUCAGCAUCCCUCCACCUAUCAGACAGAAGCUCUGUAGCAGCCUGGACGCCCCGCAGACGAGAGGUCAUGACUGGCGGAUGCUGGCCCAUAAGCUGAACCUGGACAGGUACUUGAAUUACUUUGCUACCAAAUCGAGCCCGACUGGCGUAAUCCUGGAUCUCUGGGAAGCACAGAACUUCCCAGAUGGAAAUUUGAGCAUGCUGGCGGCUGUCCUGGAAGAAAUGGGAAGGCAUGAGACAGUGGUGUCUUUAGCAGCGGAAGGGCAGUACUGACUCGUGCUGGGACUGGAAAUGAAGGACGGCAAUGCACAGGGAGUCUGUGGCCGUCCAGGGCAUCACAGUUGAGAAGGAAAUCCAGAAUGGACCCAGACCGAUGAGUUUCAAAGGCAAGACUGCAAGCGGGAGAGAGAAGGAAAACAUAACACAACUGCUGAUACACGUGCCCACUUUACUCGGACAUCAUCACAGGAGUUAAGAACAAUUGUGUAAAUUUGUACCUUGAAUUUAGAAAUCGACCUAAUUUUCCUCUUAGUUGGGCUGUAUGCUGUGUGGUACAGGAUCUUACAGUUUCCUAGGAAACGCUUUUUAUUGCUAUCCAGGUAUAUGGAUAA